CAAGUAGCUUUCUUCCAGAUCUUCUGCUAGCUCAGUCUCACUACUCCACUCGCCCCAUCGGCCGUGCAGAUAUAUAGCAUUCCAUCUCCACGCGCGGUACGGUGCGUGUAAACGGUUGCUCCUACCAUCUUGACCAAACGACCACGUGCUGUCGUCACCCUGCAACACCACGUUCCUUCUGCGAUUACAUUCGACCCCAGAUCCUGCCCAACAUGGUCUACUCACUAUCUUACCGCCGCCCGGAGCGAGCUCCUCGUCCCAGCACUCCCUCUUCCACCAACACCGAAGAGCAGCGGAAGUCGAUCAAUGCCUCUAUCAAGUCUGGCAGCAGCGGCAUGUCCCACGGUAUUCCCGAGGCACUGUCCUUUGACACCAUCAUCGCUGGCGGCGCUUGCCCUCCCUGCACUGUUCGCGACUUCAUGAACUUCCUCAAAUACAUCGAACUGUCGGCUGAGAACUUGCAAUUCUUCCUCUGGUACCGCGACUACGUCAAGCGCUUCAAUGCGCUGCCGGAAAGCGAGAGGGUUCUGUCUCCCGAGUGGACUGGCGAAAAGGUCCCCGAAGCCAAGCCCGCGACCGUCAGCUAUAAUGCCGACGCUGUAGCCAUGCUCAAGGGCACCGACUUCGCCAACGAGGGCAAGGUCGCUGAAUCGGAGAAGGGUAGCAACAACCCCUUCUUCACGCCUCCUCGCACGCCAACCAGCGUCGAACCUAGGCGCGAGUACUCCCUCGACUCGUACGAUGACAGCAUGACUACCGGCAAAGUUGACCACACUCAACGUGCUGCCGGUGCGUUUGAUAACGCAGGACUAAAAUGGAAACCACUGUCCGUCCAGCCUUACCGGGAAGAGAUCAACCGCAUCAUCUCCAUCUACAUUGCCGACAACGGUUCGCGACAGCUGAACCUUUCAUCGAAAGAGCGCACAGCACUGCUGCAUGCUCUGCAAAACACGACCCACCCGUCGGCAUUUACCGACGUUAUCACGACCGUCGAGUGGUCGCUCCGUUGCCAAGCGCACCCCAACUUUGUUCGGUGGACCAUAUGCAAUGGUAACCGUCCGCGUGUGAUCUUCGCUCGUGGUCUCGGUAUCUUCGGCAUUGUCGCUGGUCUGAUCGUCGCGAUCAUCCUCACUCUAAGCAGCGCCGGCCGUGCAUGGCGCGUCAUCUCCCUCAUUGGCUUCUUCAUCGGUAUCUCAACUUUGAUCGCAGCCUGGAAGGGCAUGUGUGUUGUACUUCACGGCAUGCACCACCGACAUUUGCGACCGUGGGAGCUCUUCGCUUCCGAUGAUGAGCCGCAAAGCUACGACUUCAAGUCCGACUCCUUCCAGAGCGUCGACUCGCACGCGUCGAGCAACUCUUGGGAAGAUGAGCCAUGGGUCGCCCGCUACGAGAAGCGCAAUGUCGUCCGGAAGGUGUUUGACCGUGAAGUCUGGAUCCAAGAGCCUGCUCUCCGCCAGAUCCAGGAUACCAUCUUCAUUCAAGCCAUUCUGGGCGCUCUUCUCAUCUCCGCCGUAGCCGUCGGUAUCUUCUGCGCCAUCCCCAAGGGCAACUACUUCUAAAUGUGGCGACUAUCAAGCCACAUUCUUAUCUUAACCCGACUUCACAUCCAAGCGAUUUCUUCUCAAUUCCCCCCUUUUGGCUUUAUGCAAGCUGUAUCUGAUACCCAUGUAUAUGUGUUUACGACACACCAGUGCGCCCGACAUUCUGGUCCGUCUGUGCGAAAAUAGCG